UGUAUUCCAGCCACUAGGUCAUGUUACUGUUCUCAGAGAAGAAAAUAAUCAAAGUUUAACUGACAGUCUUGAAGACAGGCAACUUCAAAGUCCGGGAACACAGCGACAUUAAACCACCGAGUGACUCGUUAAACCUUGUUCACGUAAGAGAAGAGCGCAUUAGUUUGCCAGGUCGAGGUGCCUCAGAAGAUUACCGCUAUGGCCAAGGUACAAGUCUUAAAUGUUGCUGUGCUGGACAACCCGAGCCCAUUUGGAAAUCCCUUCCAGUUUGAAAUAACGUUUGAAUGCAUGGAGGAUUUACCGGAAGAUCUGGAGUGGAAGAUCAUCUACGUGGGUUCGGCUGAGAGCGAGGAAUAUGACCAGGUUCUGGACUCUGUUCUAGUUGGCCCGGUCCCGGCUGGCAGACACAUGUUUGUGUUUCAGGCGGAUGCUCCUAACACCGGGCUGAUUCCAGAGAGCGACGCUGUAGGAGUGACUGUAGUCCUUAUAACCUGCACCUACCGUGGACAGGAGUUCAUCCGCAUUGGUUACUAUGUCAACAAUGAAUACACAGACCCUGAACUACGGGAAAACCCCCCCCUCAAACCAGACUACGCUCAGCUCCUGAGGAAUAUUUUGGCCUCCAACCCCCGUGUCACCCGCUUCCAUAUCAACUGGGAGGGCUCGGCAGACAAGAUGGAGGACAGCGAGAAUGUCGACCCGUCCCCCAACAUCAGCGGCAUGCUCCCUCCGUCCUGUAUACCAGGAAAGAUGCCACCUCUUGGACUGAUGCCGGACAACUCCAUGGACUGCAUGUAAAAAAAAAAAAAUCAUCAGAUUAAGAUAAUGGACAAGAGGUUCUUCUCGUAUGUACUCAUCCACAUUUCAAACACACAUUUGGACAAGAAGGCCGUGGAUGUAUCGAGGACAUUAUUUUUAUACAGCAUACGCAAAUGGGAUGACUCUGGCAUUGUUACAAACUGUUUCUGUCUGUUUGUGCUCUCUCUCUCUCUCUCACCACACACAGGCCUGCACAACCAGCUUUGCCUUAUUUUACUAUAGCUCCGUCUUAGACAAUGUCAAAGCUGAGCCAGGGAAAGUUUUGAGUCAUCGGGGUGGGGCGAUUUUAAUACCGCCAUAUCCUCACAGCCCUGAGAUUUGCAAGUAAUACUCACACGCUGAUGUUCACCUGUGUGGUGCCCAUACUGUGCUGUUCAUUGUGUCCUCUUGAGCACUGAUCAAAGAUAUGGGCAGUGCUAGCUGUUUAUAAUAAAGCGUUUCAUUGUUGUGAAUGUGUAGCAUCUUGGAGUAGGACAAUUUAGGGUUUGAAAUGUGUGUCAUGUUCAGGGGCCUGUUGCAAGAACUAGCUUUAUUUACUGUUAGCUAGAUAAGCUUGUGUUUGAGUUUUAAACCUUGAGUGAUCCAGAUAACUCUUCAAACAGGCCCCAGUUCAGUUAUUGUUCUUUAAUAAUGUGACAUAUAAUGUCUGUCUCUAAUGAUACACAAAACAUGGAGGUGAAGGAGAACUGGAUUCUGGAUUACAGUCGAGUUGUUUAGGUUUAAUGUAAAUAAUGUUUUCUCAGUGCUUAUAUUGUCUCCAAGAUGGGAAGGCACAUUUUCUUUUUGUACUUACUAUAUAUUCUCUGCCUCCGUAUUUGUAACGAUGGGGGUUGUGAUGGGCUUAAUAAAGUUUGUUUUGUGGACCUGG